AUGAGAUUCAAUAUCCAUACCACCUCCGAAGAGCAAAUGUCGCAGCAGCAGCAGCAGCAACAAUCGAAAGGAUCAGCUUUGACACAUAUCGUACGUCCUGAUCUCGAUCGACUGGACCAGAUGAUCGGCAAACUACAACGCUGUACGACUUCAUCCAAUACGACAUGUAUGUCAUCAACUGAUCCAGAAACGAUGAACGGACAAGAAUUAGAACAGCACCAGCAACAACAACAACAUAUUCAAGUUGUUCAACGUUCACAUUCAAAUAAAUCUCGAGCUCCUCCUCCCCCACCACCUCCAUCUUCUUCUGCUUCAUCAAAUCGUCCAAGAUCAGGAAUAAUUACUUCACUUCCUGCACCAUUCAUUUCUUCUUUACGUCAAUUAUUCUCCAUUCUUGAUAAAACAAAUAGUGGCCAUGUUCCGUUCGAUGUUUUCAAGCGUUAUUGGACACCAACAUUUACUUUUGACAAUUCUUCAUCGUCAUUAGAUAUUCUCCAUGUCCUCGAAAACGAAUCCAAAUCGAAUAAUUAUCUUAUUACAUUUGAUUUACUUUUGAAUGUUAUUGAAAGAUCAUUAUCAGCGACUAAACAUUCACCACCACAAAUAACAACAUCAGAUUCAUCAUUAUCAUCUUUGUCAACACCACCAAUCGUCAUUCCAAAAGCAACACGUCCACCUCCGCCUAUCUCUUUUCCACUGAAUCGUUCAACAAGUGUAGUAGUUGUUACUCCUACACCGAAAAAACCUGAACAACAACAACAUCAGAUUCCUAUUGUUUAUCGAAGUUAUAAUGGAACAGAACAUAAUCAUCAGCAACUGUAUCACUCGCAUGAAUUCACAUCAAAUCCUGUGCGACAUCGAAAGAAAGUUCUUCUACAAAAACCUUUUCAACAAAAUGGAAAUAUCUAUAGUGAACAUCCAUCAAUAGCAACGCGACGAAAUACAAUUCAUACCAAUGAAGUUGAUUUUGCUAUGAUUCGGGCAAUGAAACGAUUCGAAAUUGAACGUGAUCUUCUUCUUCAAACAUGUGACACAUUAGAUCGAGUCAAAACUUAUCUAAAUGAUCGUCUUCUUGAAAUGAAAGAUAAACAACGAUCUUACUGUCUUCAUUUAUCAGCAGCUGAAACGACAGGUAUCGCCCCUGAACCAAUCUAUAAUCGAGAUUUAGUUGCUGAUCUACUGAAAUUGGCCAAUACUGUCAUUGCCGAAGCACAUUAUGAUUCAAAAAAGUCCUCAGAUCGUUCAUCAAGUUCAUUAUCGUCGUCAUCUUUACAUGGCACAACAAAUCAAUAUCAACAACAGUUGAAAAACAAAAAUGAUCGAAUUAAACAAUUAGAAACCGAAAAGCGUGUCCUAUUGAAAGAGUUAGUUGAGAUGAGACAUCAACAUAGAACAGUUAUACCAGCUAAAAAACUAUGA